AUGACGGAGCUAGGAAUUUAUGGAGAUAAAUCAAGAAUGAAAAAUUUCAUGGGAAAUGAUGGAUUAUACAUCAGAUCUUAUAAAAAAAUUAUCAAUACAAUAGUGAUUUAUAAUAUGAUUAUAGCAACAUUUAUGCAUAAUUAUGUAAAUGCCAUAGAAUUUCUACAAAAAGGAAAAGUACCAGCUGCUUUAGUAUUUGGGGAUUCAAUAGUUGAUCCUGGAAAUAAUAAUUACAUAAAGACUAUUGGAAGAGCAGAUUUCCCACCUUAUGGGAGAGACUUUCCUGGAGGUGUAGCUACUGGAAGAUUCGGUAAUGGCAAAAUUCCCUCUGAUUUCUUUGCCGAAGAGCUUGGAAUAAAAGAUUUUGUGCCUCCAUAUUUGGAUCCAACGCUCAACAUUAGUGACCUCCUUACUGGUGUCAGCUUCGCAUCGGGUGCUGCUGGUUACGAUCCUAAAUCUGCAAAAUUAGCGAAUGUAAUGACAUUACAAAAACAAUUGAAUUUGUUCAAAAGGUAUAUAGAAAAGCUCAAGGCUGCAGUAGGAGAAAAAACAACAUCCACCAUCAUUUCUCAAAGUGUAUACCUCAUUUCAGCAGGAAGCAAUGACAUUACAAACACUUAUUUCUCUUCAUUACCAGUUGAAAGACUUCGUUACAAUGUCUCAACAUAUACUGGCAUGAUGGUCAACUGGGCGUCCUCUUUUGUGCAGGAACUAUACGAAUUGGGGGCAAGAAGGAUAGGUGUAAUCAGUGCACCACCAUGUGGGUGUUUUCCAUCACAAAGAACCUUGCAUGGUGGUCUAUUUAGAUCUUGUGUUAAGGAUGAAAAUGAAGCUGCUAUUAUUUUCAACAACAAGCUCUUUCCCGAGCUGAAUUCCCUAAAUCAAAAGCUUGCAGGAUCCAGAUUCGUGUACCUCGACAUCUACAACCCAUUACUCAAUCUCAUAAACAAUCCUUCUCAAUCAGGAUUUACAGUUAUAGACAAAGGAUGUUGUGGCACAGGAAAAUUAGAGGUGACUUUUCUCUGUACAAAGCUAAAUAUUGGGACUUGCAAAGAUGCCUCAAAAUAUGUAUUUUGGGAUAGUUUUCAUCCAACGGAAGCCGCUUACAAAAUCAUUGUCCAUGAUGUCCUCCAAAAAAGCAUAGCCAAUUUCUUCUAGAAAAUUAAUUCAUAUAUACAUGCAUGUACAUGUAUACCAAAAUUGGAAUUUACUCAUACAAUCGUGGCCUUUGGAAAAAAAUGAUUUUCUUUUAUUCGGGUUAUAUAAAUUCAUACAAAGUAUUUAUUAAGAUUCAAAUAGAAAAUUCAUCAAUUGUUUGUAUUGUGUUUCACAUAAAUUAUUUGAUUUAAUUUUUGUUUGCAACAAAAUUCUUUGUCCCAAUUUUUAAGUACACUUAAUUAAUGUCACUUGUUUUGAUCGAUUUUUUUUUUGGUUCAUAUGAGCCUCUAGGGCGGGGAUGAGAAUCGAUCUCAGGAUCACCUGGAACCAGGAGGAAAGCUCUUACCAACUGAGCUAUCCCUCACUCUCGUUUUGAUCGAUAGUUUGGUACCUUUCAUUAUACUUUUAAACCUCUCAAUAAGUGGUACGGUUAGUACAUAUAAAAUUAGAUCAAAUUGUUGGAAUCAAUUUGUUUUUGAGCUUACGUUAGGAAUUUCCCUCAUUAGGAGGGCUUCCUAAUGUUAUUUUCCUUACCUUAAAAAAAUAAUAAUAAUAAAAUUGUUUAGAGCUAGAUUGUCACGUACGUAUAUUGAACAACCCAGGCCAAUGCAAAAUGUGUAUUGUUACUUUAUUUUAACUACUAGAUCUAAGGGUGAAUUCACUUAUUUUUCACGGCUAUACGUGGAGGAUCGAGUUAACAUCAAGGCAUACACUCUUUGUAUAAUCCCAUCAAA